AUGAUGGUCCUGGCUUUAUUAUUUUGUCUUCUGUCUUUUCUGUUUCAAUUACCUUUUGUGUUGCCCGCAGGAAACAUUUCUCUCAAAUGCAUGCAAGACACCGAUGAAUUCCUUUCCGAUUUGAAUUCAGUGGAGCCCAAAGAAUACGCUCUAAGAAUGUACGACUCCGUCGGGAAGCUGGGGAGCAACGUUCUUAACGGAAACGUGGACAGGCUGGGAUCGUACAGUGAGUGCCUCUCCACGCACGCUCCCUCGGGGGGCUUCCAAGGGCAGUAUUGCAAGCUGCAUGUCCUGCAGGAUGGAGCCGAAUACAGCGUGGGUGUGUGUGUCCCUGAUUCUUGUGCCGAAAAGGAUGUGACUGUGAUGUCUCAGUUGGAUAUUUUAAGAUUCAGAAAUACUUCAUUUUUGGCCCCUUCUCUUUCUCUCUUUACAAUAAAUUCUUCCUCCUCAUCUGGCGUGGUUGUGGCUAGAUGCGCUACUGGAAUGUUCCCCUUCGACACCUUUGUUGCCGUGUGUCUGUGCCUCACCUUGCUGGGCAUCGUCCUGCCCCUGGCCGGGACUGUCUACGUGGCAUUCAGGGGGAGGGGGUCUGACGACAGGGCGCCACCCACCCCUCCGGCCCCUGACAGGAGUCUGCCUUUGAGAGAGACACAGAGGACUGAACCGAGAAGCAGAGCGGGUUGCCCGGCCCAUCUCUCACUAUCAGGAACCCCAAGCAGAGGAAAAAGAUUUUUAGGAGCCGUGGAGCAUGCUCUGACAUGCUUUUCUUGGCAGAAGAAUGUGCCGGCCAUCUGGACAACAGAGACUCCAGGGAGCCCGUGCUCUGUGCUGAACGGCAUCCGGGUUCUGAGUCUCCUCUGGAUCAUGUCGGGGCACACCAGUCAGAUGACUGCAUGGCUGUCUUUGGAUAACGUGCUCGAGUGGAAAACCAGAGUGCCUAAAAACCCACUGUACCUUUGUUCUCGGAGCGGCCCGUUCUAUCUUGGGGUUGACACAUUCUUCCUGGUCAGUGGCUGGUUAAGUGCAAGGUCGUUUUUAAAGAUACAUCAGAAUUCAGACAAAGGAACAACCCUCAGAGUCAUACUCAGAUACGUCCUCAGCCGCCUUACAAGAUUGCAGCCUCUCCACCUGUAUUCCGUGUGCCUGUUGGUUGGCUUGUUCUCUCUUGUUCCCUGGGGACCUGUCUGGGACGUGCCCAAGUUCCACCUGGAUAACUGCCGGCAGGCGUGGUGGACAAAUCUGCUGUUGCUCAAUAAUUUCCUGUCGGUCCGAAACGCGUGUAAUGGCUGGUCGUGGUACCUCGCCAACGACUUUCAGUUCCAUCUCACCACGCCGGCGAUCGUCCUCAUCCACGGAAAAAGUAAACAUGUCCUUGUCCUCCUCGGGGCCAUGCUGUUCUUGGCGUCUUUCACCGCCACAGCUCUGCUCACACUGGCUCAUAGCCUUCCGGUCGCAGCUCCGUCGGAAGCAAGUGAAAAUGUGACUGUGUUGUAUUUCUCGGAGUAUUACACUAAGCCCUACUGCAGAUACGGGCCAUUCCUCGUGGGCCUCUUUCUGAGCAUUUUCAUGCACCAAAACCACCAGGCAAACAUUCUUAAAACCAAGGUGCAGGCCAUGCUGGGGUGGAUUUGCUCCCUGUCUACCCUGUUCAUAGUGGUCGCCCUGGCGUACGUGGUGGAUGACGCCCCUGCCACCUCCUCGCCGGCCGCUGUUCUGUACCAGGCCCUCCACCGGACCCUGUGGGCGGCGGCCGUGGGCUGGGUCAUGCUGGCAUGUCGGGAAGGCUACGGAGGUCUGGUGGACCGGCUGCUUUCUUGCCGGCUCUGGACUCUCCUGGCCAGCAUCAGUUACGCUUGCUACUUGGUGCACCCUAUCCUCAUCAUGCUCUACAACGGGCUUCAAGAAACGCUGAUUCACUUCACUGACACCAACAUGUUCUAUCUUUUCUCUGGACACUGUUUGCUGACCUUCGUCAUUGGGCUGGCCCUGACGCUGUGCAUUGAGAAACCAUGUCAGGAACUGAAGCGGCACCUGCUGGGACCAAUGCCUGCAGGGCCAUGA